UUUGAACUAUGGCUUCCCUUGUAACCAAGUUACUCUUCCUUUUGUUUAUCUGUUCCUUGAUAUGCCUCUCUUGUUGUAUCCCUAGCGAUGAGCUUGACAGGUUCACUUCAGAGAAAGAAGUCUUGGAACUGUUCAAACUGUGGCAGAAGGAACACGGACGAGAGUAUGAGAAUCUGAGAGAGGAAGCCAAGAGAUUUGAGAUCUUCAAAGAGAACUUGAAGAUUAUCAAAGAGACAAACGCUAAAAGAGAAUCACCUUACCACGCUCGUCUGGGUCUCAACAAGUUUGCAGAUUUGAGCUACGAGGAGUUCAGUAAAAUUUUCUUACCUGAGUUGGAAGUGAUAACCCAAGACAACCUCAAAGAACAAAAUACAGAGUUCACCGAUGUUCCAUGUGACUACAUGCCUCCUUCCAUUAAUUGGAAGAAAAAAGGAGCUGUCACUAAAGUGAAAAAUCAAAGGCAAUGUGGAAGUUGUUGGGCAUUUGCUGCUACGGCAGCCAUGGAAGGACUUAAUGCAAUAGUGACAGGAAGGCACAGUGUAAGUCUUUCUGAGCAACAACUAGUAGAUUGUGUUGACACAGCCAAGGGUUGUGAUGGAGGAUGGCCAUACCGUGUAUUUGAAUGGGUUGCCAAAAAUGGAAUUGUCAAAGAAGCUGAUUAUCUCUAUACUGCUACAAAUGACACUUGCAAACCCACCAAGGAAGAACAGAAUGCACUCACUUUGACUGGUUAUGAAAAUGUGACUUGGUACUCAGAAAAAGCUUUAACUUGCGCUACCGCAAAUCAGCCGAUUACCGUGGUUCUGGAAGCCAAAGAUGAAUUUCGAUUUUACGAGGGUGGAAUAUUUGAGGGGAAAAACUGCACAGGCACGAUUAGAACCAAUCAUGCUGUGACAAUCGUAGGAUAUGAUUCGGUUGGAGAUGAAGACUAUUGGAUUGUUAGAAAUUCAUGGGGACAAGAUUGGGGUCUCAAGGGUUACAUCUAUAUCAAACGAAACUCAAGUAGCACUCUUGGUCUUGGAGUAUGUGGACUUGCUGUUCGUGGUGCUUACCCUACAAAGGAGAAACUACCUGUGAAGUCUGAAUAUUACUCCUCUAUAUGAAGUGGCCCACUUCAAGUUAU